GGCGUUUACUCAACCGCCCUUCUCGUACUUACGGCACAGCUUACCGAUCCAAGACCCUUUUACACCGUUGCCAUUGUGACUCAGGCAUCCACUAAUCCUUAACUGAAGCAUCUACUAAUCUCAAUUCUGGUCAAAGUCAUAUAUACGAGCUCAUCAUCUCUAGUUCUUCUCAUUCUUCCCCUCUUUUUUCUCCCUACAAGACGAGUACAAAAGAACAACCCUCUACAUUCCACCAUUAGCACUAGCAAAUGCAAAAGCAAUAGCAAUAGCAAACACGUUUCACAAGUACGACUAAGCAGACCCUCGUACAAAAAACAUUUUGCCAUCCGGCUCCGGCCAAGAAAGGUUCAGCCGAAUUUUGUCCAGUCCAGCCUGAUCCUUUUCUCUCACAUGCCAAAAAGAAGAAGGGCGAGGCUACCACUUUGUUGUCCACGUCCUUACUAAAACGCUACUACAUUAUUACAAUACUCCAUCCUCCCGUCACUUUUGAUCGAGUUUUUUUUUCCUUUCCCCUUUCCACCCAAACAACGGUCUCCACCAGAAAAUCCUUUUUCCGGUCGGGACUGUUACACUAUCAACAUAUCUAUAUACCUGCUCGUUUCCCCCAAAACCCACGCACACAAAAUUUCCAAAUCAAGAAACAGUCAGCAACCAUGCCGCUCUCCAUCAUGCAAGAGUUGAGCAGACCGCCCUCACGUGAACUGGCGCCUCCUUCGCCUCAGAGGAGGUUAUCACGCGAAGUCACAUACCAACUCGCCGACACUGCGCGGAGAAAGUCAUCUGAGAAAGUGGUCCGGGAAGACCUGAGGCUCAAACUCAGCCACGACCACAUCCUCGAGUUACUACUACAAGACAUUGCCCGAACGGAACGAGAACGGCAAACGUCACCGACGGAGGAGAAGUACCUUUUGGAGGAGGAGAGGAAGUCGCCGAGAGAGGAGCGAAGACGGAAACAACAACCUUCAGACGAACAACCUCGAUUCGACGACUAUGGUUUCCCAUUAGAAGAUGAAGACGUAGAGGAGGAUCUGGGCGGAUUGGCGUUGAUGAGGACAGAGUCGAGGAGGCCGAGGAGGUGAAGGACUUCUUUACUGCAUCAUGACCUCACCACUCUACGACUUUUAUCGUCCCCAAGACCAUGACGUCGACGAACAUUUUUUUUACGACUUUAUUGCCUCGAAACGUUUUCAUAAUGAUAUACCCCCUACUCGACCACCAGCGUUACUGGUCCGAGUUCGAUGAUGGUUUUUUCCCCCUUCGAGCCGAUGCUGUUCUCUCCUUCACUACGGGAGGGAACAAAACUACGGCAACUUUACAGCCUAUUUCUUCCAAGGCUACUCAACAACGGUGCGCGACGGCAAAGGAUAAUAUUUUGAAGAAGAUCCCGAUGAGGACGAGAUGGAGAUGAAGAUUGGGUCUACGAACGCGGGUUGCUUCGUCCGACGGACACCUUCCAAGACACGACGUCGGGGACAGGCUAUUGGAUGAGCUUUGGGCUCUACACCUGUUUCCUUCACGCCGUGUUGGUCGGUGGUCAUGUCUGUCCUGAAGUACUCAAGCGGAGGAACACGUUGUAGCGCUUUAUUGUUGCUACGAGACCUGGAUCAAACAUUCCAGUCAGACAAACAUGUAGAAGAGGAAAUUGAAAAAAAAAACUCUAUAUUGAACAUGAAGAACAUCCUAUGGUCUUUGCAACUUGUUCGAUUUGUUUCGUUGCGUGCCUCACCGCCCAUCUCGAUCCCGUUCCAUCGCAACA